AUACACACAUACGCGCGCGCACACACACGCCAGUGUAGUACACGGUUUUUUUUUGUGCGACCCGUUCCCCCGUUACCGUCGUCAGUACGGUAUACGCUCUCGUGACGUGCGUUACCACAAUACGGCAAACGUGUAUAUUUUAUUUCGCGAUACGUUCGCAUUUUGGUUGUGUGCGCGAUCGUGAUUUGUAGGUCUUAUUGAUAGUGUUUUUUUUACCCGUAUAGAAAUAAAGUAGUGAACAAUAAUAAUUGUUGGUGAAUUUUUUUUCACCACGCUGUUCGCUCCGCCAUGAAGUGCGUUUUCGUCGUAGUCGUCUCCGCCAAUUUCACGAUGCAUUGCUGACGCGGCCGCUCGGAGUUCGCGGAAAGAACGCGAGCCAACACCGUUGGUGCUCGCCGCGGCACACGCACCGCCGACGGUGACGACAGCACGCGAGACCUAACCAGCGCAGUGCACGCACGACGUGUCAUGUCGGCGGGGCCGUACGGGACCAUCAUGGACGAGUUGGGCGGCUUCACGGAGGUGCCCAUCUCGUACCGACACAUUUCGCGGUUUCAGCCGUACCGGGUGCAACCGUACCAGUCGCACGUACAGCCCGUGGCCACUCGCAAGGUCAAGUCAUCGACGGCAGUGGAACGGCGGACCAUGGCCGGCGGGUGUCAGUACGACGAGAACCGGCCCACGCACGUGCACCGUCUGUACCCCGAAAUACUGGCAUUGAUCUUCAGCUACCUGGACGUGCCGGACAAAGGCCGUGCUGCCCAGGUGUGCACGGCGUGGCGUGAGGCUGCUUGGUACAAGUCGGUGUGGCGCGGCGUUGAGGCCAAGAUCGACAUGUGCCGGUCGUCGCAUCCCAUGUACGAGAGCCUCAAGCAGCGCGGGAUCAAGCGAAUCCAGGUACUGUCCGUAUCCCGGUACAAGUGUCUGCGCGAGAUCGUCCAGAACGUACCCAACCUGGUGUCGCUGAACAUGAGCGGCUGUUACCACAUCAAGGACGAGGACUUGCAUCAGAUGUUCCUAGAACACCACCCGAACAUCACCGAACUCAACCUGUCGCUGUGCAAGCAGCUUACCGACGGCGGUCUAAUACGGAUCGCCGACACGCUCCGCGGCCUCACCCGGCUCGAGAUCCAGGGCUGCUCGUACAUUACCAACAAGGGUUUCUCGCACAUUGCGCGAAAACUCAAGAAACUCAAGUAUCUCAAUCUGCGGUCGUGCUGGCACCUGUCCGACGUGGGCCUGUCGCACAUCAGUGGCGCCAGCAAGGACUCGACAGACGGCAACGCGCAACUCGAGUUCCUGGGACUACAAGACUGCCAGCACAUCACCGACGAGGGCCUCAAGUACGUGUCCGAGGGCCUGCGCUCCCUGCGCAGCCUCAACCUGAGUUUCUGCGUCAACAUCACGGACACCGGUCUUAACUACGUGUCGCGCAUGAACACGCUGGACGAGCUCAACUUGAGCGCGUGCGACAACAUCUCCGACAUCGGCAUCGGUUACCUGUCCGAGGGUUGCACCAAGUUGGGCAGCCUGAACGUGUCGUUCUGCGACAAGAUCGGCGACCAGGCGCUUCUGCACGUAUCCCACGGGCUGUACGGCCUGCACACCCUGUCCUUAGGUUCGUGCCAGAUAUCUGACGAUGGCAUACUGUACAUAUCGAAAUCGCUUCGCAACCUCGAGGUGCUCAACAUUGGCCAGUGCAACUCGGUCACCGACAAGGGCCUUGAGCAUUUGUCGGAUUCGUGCAAACUGUUGCGGUCCAUAGACUUGUACGGGUGCACCAAGAUCACCAAAGAAGCCAAAGAGAAGAUUCUGAAAAUGCCAAACAUCAGGAGGGAUACGGUUAACGAAGACUUGUGGCAACUUAGAUGACCGACGGAAUAUUUUGUUUUUUAACAUUUCAAUAUGUGAUAUA